GCGUUUGGAGGCGGAGUGACUGACUGACUGACUGACUGACUGUCAUGUAUUCAUCAUAUAAAGGGAAGUUGGUCAUCAUGUGAAGUGAUUCACUCAUUUUCACUCGCUGUCAUUCAUUCAUUCAGUGUUGAUGUGUGAUCUUAUUCAUCAUGAACAGUCUGAGAAACGCGCUCGUGUGUUUGCUCAUUUUGCCUCGUUUCUUGGUCGCGGCGCUCGUGUUGUGGUGUCUGGAUUUUCUGUGCGUGAGGAAAAGAGUUUUAUUUUAUCUCAGAGAUCACGAUGAUGAUGAAGAUCCUCCGCUGUGCAUCUCUGAUAAUAACCGCAUGUUCAGCUGGGAAUCUCUCAAAGCGGUUUUCCACGGACACAAAGUGGACUGGAUGAAAUCCGCUCGCGUGGGACGCGACGCGCCGAACACUGAAGUUGUGGAGCUCUCGGACUUGCAGCCCAGACGGAUCCUGGACUUCGCCCGUCACACUCGACCGCUGGUGCUGAAUUUCGGAAGCUGCAGCUGACCGCCGUUCAUGACGCGUCUGAAAGCGUUUCGCCGACUCGUCCUGCGAUAUUCCGAGAUCGCCGAUUCACUGCUGGUUUACAUCGAGGAGGCGCAUCCGUCCGACGGCUGGAUGAGUUCCGACGCACCCUAUCAGAUCCGCGGGCAUCAGAGUCUGGAGGAGAGACGCGACGCCGCGCGCCUGAUGGAGCAGGAAGCGCCGGGCUGCGCGGUAGUGGCCGACAGCAUUAACAACGCGUCCAACAGCGCGUACGGCGCGUUUUUCCACAGACUUUAUAUCGUGCAGGGCGGUGAGGUGGUGUACCAGGGCGCUCGCGGACCGGAGGGUUACCGGCUCUCGGAGCUCAGACUCUGGCUCGAGCGCUACCGAAAGCACGAGACCACCAGCGCCGCCGCUGCCGUCAUCCAAAUGUAAAAACUCACUUGUCGUUUACGCGACUGAAGAACUAGCCUAGAUUCUCGUUGUAUUGCUCGAUCUCCGGUAUUUUUUUGUGAGGGUCGGUUUUUAAAAGAUUAACACGACCAGAAAAUCGACGUGAUGUCUAAAGUGCAGGAGAUUUCGUUUUUAUCAAACGCUUUUUGUAAUAAAGCAUUUCAUAACAACAGCUUUGUGCAGAGUAAGAGAAAAUAUUCUCUCUUCGUGGGUGGAUUUUACACUCGUUCAAAAUAAAACCAAACGAAACGAAGUUUUGCUAAUGUUUUCCUUUCGUUUUUUUGUUGUUGUUCAAAACAUCCAAAAACUGUUGUGUUUCAAUAAAGAUGAAGCGUGUCUGUGA